UCCGGGCAGCGUCCGGCGUCUGAGUCCCGGUGGGCCGGCCUGAGUCUCAGGGUCUGGCCUCGCUCAGGCUUGGGCCUCGGGUUCAGCCCCAGAGCAGGGUUCAAACCGCCACCUGGGACAUGCCGAAGUCCCAGGGGUUGGCCGGGGUGGAAGAUGGGGAGGGUUCCCUGUUGGGCAACGGGCUUUGAGUACCACGUGGGGGCGCUCAAAGGGGCUUUGGGCCACCCUCCUCUGUGGGUCAAAGGUCAUCGCACCGGCAGGGGAGAACUUCCUCCUCCUUGGCUCUCCCCGUUUACUUCCUGAUAACCUGAUAGAAGUCCCCCGCGGGCGGAGGGGGAAGGGAGGCGCAGCAACUUUAGGCAACUUCCCGUAGGUGACGAGCGCCAUGUCCAGCCAGGUGGUGGGCAUUGAGCCUCUCUACAUCAAGGCGGAGCCAGCCAGCCCUGACAGCCCAAAGGGCUCCUCGGAGACCGAGCCUGAGCCCCCAGUGGCCCUGGCCUCUGGUCCAGCUCCCACCCGCUGCCUCCCAGGCCACAAGGAGGAGGAGGAUGGGGAGGGGGCUGGGCCUGGCGAGCAGGGUGGUGGGAAGCUGGUCCUCAGCUCCCUGCCCAAGCGCCUGUGCCUGGUCUGUGGGGAUGUGGCCUCCGGCUACCACUAUGGUGUGGCAUCCUGUGAGGCCUGCAAAGCCUUCUUCAAAAGGACCAUCCAGGGGAGCAUCGAGUACAGCUGUCCGGCCUCCAAUGAGUGCGAGAUCACCAAGCGGAGACGCAAGGCUUGCCAGGCCUGCCGCUUCACCAAGUGCCUGCGGGUGGGCAUGCUCAAGGAGGGGGUGCGUCUGGACCGUGUCCGGGGUGGACGACAGAAGUACAAGCGGCGACCAGAAGUGGACCCCCUGCCCUUCCCAGGCCCUUUCCCUGCCGGCCCCCUGGCAGUAGCUGGAGGUCCCCGGAAGACAGCCCCAGUGAAUGCACUGGUGUCUCACUUGUUGGUGGUCGAGCCUGAGAAGCUGUACGCCAUGCCCGACCCGGCAGGCCCCGAUGGACACCUCCCAGCAGUGGCUACCCUCUGUGACCUCUUUGACCGAGAGAUUGUGGUCACCAUCAGCUGGGCCAAGAGCAUCCCAGGCUUCUCGUCGCUGUCGCUGUCUGACCAGAUGUCAGUGCUGCAGAGCGUAUGGAUGGAGGUGCUGGUGCUGGGUGUGGCCCAGCGCUCGCUGCCACUGCAGGAUGAGCUGGCCUUUGCAGAGGACCUGGUCCUGGAUGAAGAGGGGGCACGAGCAGCCGGCCUAGGGGAGCUGGGCGCCGCCCUGCUGCAGCUGGUGCGGCGACUACAGGCCCUGCGGCUGGAGCGUGAGGAGUAUGUCCUGCUGAAGGCCCUGGCCCUUGCCAACUCGGACUCUGUGCACAUCGAGGAUGCUGAGGCUGUGGAGCAACUGCGAGAAGCCCUGCACGAGGCCCUGCUGGAGUAUGAAGCCGGCCGGGCAGGCCCCGGAGGGGGUGCUGAGCGGCGGCGGGCAGGCAGGCUGCUGCUCACACUACCACUCCUUCGCCAGACAGCGGGCAAGGUGCUGGCCCAUUUCUAUGGGGUGAAGCUGGAGGGCAAGGUGCCCAUGCACAAGCUGUUCUUGGAGAUGCUCGAGGCUAUGAUGGACUGAGGCAGGGGGUGGGCACUGGU